UUUAAACCGACCACGUUGGGAAUUACAUAAUCAACUCAUUAAUAUGUAAGCACUUGAAGACUUUUAAAGUCUCAUCCGCAUUUUAAAAUCUUAAUUAGCUCGCCAUCAAGCAAGAAAACAGGCAAAGAUUACUAAUUCCGCUGGGAUGAUUGAAUUCUAAACGUGAUGAUAAAAUGGAAAUGGAGAAAUUAUAAACCACUGUCAGCAUGAUGAUCACCACGGAUUGAAGUCUGCAGAAAUGCAGUCAAGGUAUGUAGCAUGUUGUGCAUCGUGGUGAUUUGACCCCUGCUGCUACCAACCGACUGAGAACUGUGCAACUACUGAAUUAAUGGAGAAACAAGGCACACACACAAAAGCGAUGGAGGAGUAGGAAUAAGUGCCAUGUUCGAGAAUUGCUUGUUCUACAAAGCGACUCAACCUCAUUCAUAUUCACCACAAAAUUAAUAAUAAUAUUGCACUCCAGUCCUACCCACGAGGAUGAAAUGCAAGAAACGAACCAGGUUCACCCAAACAAGUAAUAAUGCAACCAAAAACGUGACUGAGGAAAAGUAAUAACCCCAAAAUGCACCGGUGAAACGGUUCCCUCCGUGAGGAAUGUGGGUAAGAAGAAAGAAUACAUAAGUCCAGAUUUCGUUCGGGGCCAACUUUAAUGAAAGGGAGGAAGAGUUAUUACGGGGUAGUAGCCACCCCGCUCAUGUCUCAAUUCACAAUUUACCCGAAUUCGGUGCCCACAAAAUAAAGUAAACUUUGAAAACUACGUGAACGUGGCGUGGAUGGCAAUGACAUGGUGGAGAGGUGCAUGUUAACCUGCUAACUCGACCACCAUCAAAUCAUGCACUCGGACUUUCAGUCUCCCGCAUAUCUUCAUCUCAUCAAACUUAUCGAGUCAAAGGUGGAUGGAAGGCUGGCUCAAGUGGGAAGAAACUGGGAACCAAGAUGUGAAACGAAUAUUAAUUUCAGAUCUGUGUGGACGGGGUGAAGUUGAGGAGGUGCAUUUAAUAAUUGAAUCAACGGCCAAGUAACCCUUCUCUCGCGUCCAAAUUUCUACACUUAAAAUGCAAAAUAUACACUUGCCAUUACUCUUUAAUUAGGGGGAAUGAGCCUCUGAGUGAGUGCUACGAGUGGUACGUGCAAGAAUAAGGCAACGCAACUACUUGAAGAACUACUGAUGAAGAAAUUACCCCCGUCAGAAGAAGAAGGAGGAAAUGAAUGAUGUAAUGCAAGUCUCAAAAUAAAAUAAGCCCAGAAAUUUUAAAACUUUUCCUAAUCGUCGCAAAGGAUGAGGAAUGGUGACAAUAUUUCUAAACGAAUUAGCCAAUUACAACUAAUUGAGACAAAGGAAGGAAGGACGAAAUUCGGAGGAACUAAUCUGUUUCAUUACGCUACAAUUACUAACACGAUGCAUUAACAAAUUAAAAGUUCUCAGCCUUUACACAAUUAGGCAAACUAUAACUUUGUCUUUCCAUAAUUACCAAAGGCGCACAAAUAACAAAUAAAUUGCCACAAUGUCUAAAAUGCUCAAAAACUCGUUCGCCUCCAAAGGAGGGUCAACAUCGAGUCAAAAAAGUGCAGUUGCACAGAACUCGAGUAUAAGAGGAAGGCACACCACCUUUCCUAAUCCCCCAGCACCCCAUGCCACCAAAGUCCCUGCAAGUCUUACCAAGUCCGAAUUACUGAACUCUCACGCGAUCAAGGAUAAGAUUCCGGAGGUGGGUGGAGUCGGUCAAGGGAACAGACUCGUUGUCAUUCAGACCUCCACAAAAAAAUCAAAGGCUGCGCCAACUGAAAAGUCGGUUCGUAGCUCAUCCGCCAUUUCUUACAAGAACACGUGCCCCCCUGAGUACCAGGGUCACUGGAGAUCUGGGAACGAAAUUCAGACAACUACGUCUGGAGGAGUCGACUAUGGGGAGAUUUUGGGGUCAACGAGUGAUAUCACGGCUGCAACAAUCAUGUUCAAGGGUGAAGGAAACAAUGGUCACGGGAGAACAAAAAGGAUUUACACGGAUUGGGCCAAUCACUAUUUGGAGAAGGUGAGGAGCAAGAGACACAUUCAAGACUUGCAAGUCGAUGUCACGGACGGUGUCAUUUUGGCCGAUGUCAUCGAAGCUGUUGCCAAUCUCAAAAUUCCUGAGAUCAACAGGAAGCCAAAGACCUCGUCUCAAAUGUUGGACAACAUCCAGGCCUGUCUCGUCUUCCUGACAAAUUUGGGCGUGUCACUCGAGGGGAUUAAUUCCCAUGAUAUUCGGGACGGUCACCUCAAGUCGAUCCUCUCCUUAUUCUUCCAACUCUCGAGGUUCAAGCAGCAACAAAAGCAACAGGAUCGAGACCGACAUAAUCUGCAACGGCACAACGGAGACUUUAAUAACGCUUCUUCUUCUUCCAUGAUGCAGGCAUCGGGUAUUAGAAAUCCGUCCAGCGUUGCCAAAGAUGUGUCCAAAUUGCCCUCCUCCUCCUUCGGGCUAAAACCCCACCAAACGACGAGUAUACCUUUGCCCUCCUCCCAUGGACAAUCAUCCUCCCCCUACGCCCCACCACCACAGCAACCACACUCAUCAAACGCUCCUGCCACCUCUUCUGCCCUCUCGAACGGGAAGAAACCUUCCGGAGGGGAAAAGGGGAAAGCUGUUCCUCUAACCGUUCAACAUCAUCACAUCUACUCAAACCCGGCAGGAAGUGUUCCAGUGGUUGCAAAGCCGGCUUCGGGGAGUAGUUCCAGGUCGAGUUCUCCUUCCGGUGGUGGUGGUGGUUUGGCACACUCGUUCAUCCCCACGCCAAGGUCCUCCUCGUCCAUCCCCUCCGCCCCUUCCAGCUGCAGAUCCUCACUCCAUGAGAAGCAUCUCAAUAAUGCCAAAAACUCUUCCAUUGCGGGACCAUCACCUUCCACGAGCAACAAAUCUUCGUCAUCCGUUCGACAAAGUUCCGUCACCUCGGCUUCCAUCCACUCUUCCAAUUUGACCAGUGCGUCGUCCAAUGGUUCACCGGGUGGUGGGGUCAAUGGGAAAAAUAACUCGUCCAUGCUGGAAAAGUUUAAAUUUUUCAAGGAUAAGGACAAAAGCGAGAAGUUGAAAACGUCUACAGGUUCGAAACGAACUUCCAGUUCGAGUGGGUUCAGUUCAGCGAGGUCAGAAAGGUCCGACUCGUCCGUGAGUCUUUGCAGCGACAGUAAAACGGGCGAAGGGUCCGCGGAUGGCCGAGGAGUAAUUUACCACGAGAGGGAGAAAGAUCAUUUCGGAGGAUAUAACGGGUCCAUUAUUCCCCAAUCAUCCGUCGUCGGUCCAUCUGGAGACUCCUCUGCUUCCACUCCUCGCCUCGCAAUCAAAGGUUUUCGCCAAAAGAUUGGAAAGGCCAUCAACUCCAACUCGAAAGAAUCCAAAAAUCAUCACAGUCAUCACCAGUCACCAAAGUCGUCGAGGAAGGACGGCGAGGUAAAUUCGGGACCAAGUGGAGCUUCUUCCUCUGGGAAAGGGUUUCCCAACCGACAACAAAGGACCAGUUCAUCUUCCGCAGAAUCUCAACAACCAGAGAAGCACGUUAGCAGUGGUGGUGGUGGGGGUGGGGGUAAGGAGGGUCGGGGAAAGUUAAGUGGUGAAAGUGGUGGUAGUGUUCCAACGAAUGGUGGUCAAGGAUUCUUACGACAACCUAAACCGUCCAGCAGCAACAGUCGAGAUAACCGGAAUCGCUUCUCAGGAACGGGAAUACCCACUCGAAACAGUUUAAUUGUGACGAACAAUAGCAGUGCGAGCAACUCGAGGGAUGAAUUGCUACAUCCGUACCAUCACUCGUCCAACGGAUUGGAUUCUGCUGGUUCCAACAAUAGUGUUCAUUCCUCCAUGUCUUCAAUCAACGGUGGCAGUCUUCUAGGUUCGAAUAAUACGGGAAUACCCAAACCUACCGCGGCAGUGAAAGGCACCUCCAAGCAACAAAGUCAAUCGAACAUCAAGGAGGAGAAACUUCUUUCCACCUCGCUGUCAAGAGAGGCAUUGAAAGACUGUCCAACUCUUGGAAAUGCUUCACUAACCAGGAAUAGAAGAGGGAUGGGAGAAAGCAGUAAUGACACCAACUCCGCUACUCCUUCUCUGGAACAAGCCGAGUCAACAAACAAGUCCUCGCCUGCUUCUGCCGCAGACUUGAAACCUGGACCAGCGUCAACAGCCCCCAGCUUUUCCAAAGCGAAAGGCAAUGUUUCCGAGGCAGGUGGAGGAGGAAUGACGACCAAAAAAGAAGAUGACAAACCACAGAUGGAAAGUGGUAUCUCGACCACAAAACCUAUCGACCCAUCCAUCACGAUAGCAAUGGUGGCUCCGAUGCAAAGCCUGUCCACGUCCACCUCCGUGUCCAGCGUGGACUCGUCGUCCCAGUCAUUAUCGCAAUCUCAGAUGUCAUCUCAUUCAAACUCGUCUGAAGCGAGUGUCAUUCUUGCCAAAGGUUUGCAACAUCAACUCCUCCAACAGAAGCAAAAUAUUGCAAACUCUCCCAUGAAAAACGGAGCAAACAGCACAGCCACCGGUCUGGCCAGCUCGAAUGCUACCAGCUCCAUGACGAUAGCCCAAACUCAUUCCGUUUCCGCUGCCACAAACAACAAGUCAGAAGGAAGAGAGCUAAUAAUCACUGAUGAGAGUGGCCCGAGCACGAAAGUGAGCCCGAUGUCAGUCUUUGGAGGUUCUGGUUCCUCCUCGAUGGGAAGUUUGAACAAGUGCGCGUUGGAAUCGUCCUCCGGCGCGUCUUCCGCGGGGGACCUGGGCAGCAGUGGCGAACUGCGGAGUGGUUCUUCCGGAGCGAGCAGUAACCGUCCAAGCGUCGGAGGCUUGUCUCCAAACAAUGGGAACAAUGAAGCAAUUCCAGAAUGUGACGAGGACGACUUGCUCCUCAACGUCACUCCGAUGGAGCCCAUGACCUACGAGUACAUCAAGAGUCCUCCCAGUGGACAUCAAACCCCCGGAUUUUUGUCACCCAAGAGUUCCAGCGGAGUGAGCGGGGGUGGAAUUCAUCUCGGAAGGAUUGGUCCCUGCAAUAACGGGAAUGGCAGAAUCCUAAACCGUCCCUUUAACCCGUACGGCGACCCUGUCCGCCUCAUGAGGACUGACGGUGGUGGGGGAGGUGGUGGAAACGUCAAGUAUGGAAAUCGUCAGUAUGCCGCAUCCGUCGGGGAGAACGAGUACUCUGAGAUUGACAACUACGAUAUCAACGCUGGGGGAUAUCUCUCCGACGGAGAUUUGCUCAUGUCUGGAAGUAAUGGGAAUCGGUCUAGCAACAACGACGGAUAUCUCUCCGAGUCCGGUUAUUCCCGUCGCCACCAAGCAAAUUAUAAGAAUGAGGUAACCUCCUCCGGGAACAAGUCCUCGUUUCACCGUAUAAAUCAAAACAACAACAACAAGCACGGCCUCAUACCGGAAGACAGCUUUGACGAUUCUAGUUCAAUCUCCAGCGGAAUUUCAGACCUAAAUGAAAUCCCAACUGAUUUGACGAGCUCCUCUGUCAACUCAGAGUUAUCCAGUCCUUACGCUAGUCUCCAGCGUGGCGGUGGUGAUGGUGAAAGCAUUUCUUCUGCUGCAGCAGCCGCUAACAAACUAGUCUGUGAAGAGAUUCACAAGCAACUUGACCCUCAAAGCAUCAUUUACCGCGUGGUUGGUUCCCGAAAUCGUCGAUCAGGUUCCAAAAGUCCGGCGGAUGCGAGAGUUUACCAGGCCGCAAAAUCGAACGAAGAAAGCGGUGGGAUUUCAUUAAGCGGAUCUUCUCAGAUAAAAUCCAGUGGUGGACAUCCGGACCAGCAGUCUUCCUCCUCCUCGAGGGGGGUGAAAUAUCAUGGGAGCACCAACACCACCGGCAACGUGUCAUCAUCCUCUCCUCUUGGCAGUGGAGCCAACAAUGGGAUUCAGUCCGUCGUCUACUCUUUGUCCCAGCAGCAUCUCUCGUCUGGACCCUCCUCGCACAAACGGUCUCUAAACAGUCUCGACCUCAAGGCAGCAAAGAAUAAGGGAAUGAUUGGGCUGAAGGAGGAUUACUACGGCCGAGAAAUGGGAGAAAGGCUCAUAAAAGAAGAGCGAGACAGGCAAGACCACUCCUAUCGGAUUGGGCCCCCGUCCUCCCCCUCAGUCGAUGAGAAGCGGAGUCACUCCGCAAAAAUGGGACAAAGCUUCGGUGCUGGGUCUGCCAACCAGCAACAAAAUCCAAAUUUUGGUUACGUCCGGAGAUCAACUGGUUGUGGGAUUGGGAGCAGUGGUUCCGGCCUCAAUGGAGGUGGGGGACACUCCUCGUCCGUUUCAAACACAAAGUAUUCAAUCCCCGUGUACGGAAACAAUGGGAAAAUGUCUCUAUCCGGAAUGAAGGAAAUGUUGACCCCGGAAGAGUUCAAGGCCGCCCAUGCUGCACUUGCCAUUGCAACCGGAGGACCAACAGCUGCCCACCAUCCCAGUCCGUAUGCCGUUAUUACCGCCACGAUUGGUCAACCCAGUCCUAAAACGAGGACCAAAGUCAAAGUAUCCGGUGGAACACAAACGCCCAAUGAUAUCCAUGAGAUGAGCAGUAGUGGGCGUCACUCAUCCCUUGGUUAUCCUGGUCAACAUCAUCACUACUAUGCGGGCAGUGGUGGUCCAAACUCACAGCAAAACCCAGAGUCAGAAUACGGUUCCGUGGCGUCUUCGAGGAACUCUGGUUCUUACUCAUCGUCCCGGUAUGACCCCACCAAUGGGAGUGGUGGCGGCGGUGGUGGUGGUAGUGGCGCAGCCUACAAAUCUCUAUCCCUCACAACCCCAACGGCAUCACAGCUAAGUCAGAGUUUACGAGAGAGGAUCCUUGGUUCUCAAAGUUUGCCCAAGGGGGCAACUGCUGCCGACUAUGCAGCCCUUCUUGCCGCAAUUCAGGCACAGAACCAGCAGAUUUAUGGGACACCGAAUGCAAGCAAAGACAGAAUGUCGAGAUAUCUUAGUUGCAAGACGAUGAAUGAUGGCUCACUUAGUGACACCGGAGGCUACUCUAAUUACAGCGAAAUACAGGCCUACGCCCUGUCGUCACCAGCUGUCACGGGUCCUCCGAAUAACAAUGGGACGGGACCUUACCCGUGGAUGAGACACAGCACCGGGUAUGCGUCUUCCAUCACCAGCGCACCCACCAGGCUGAUGGGAGGAGCAGGAAGCAUGACAGAAGCUGAGAGUAUGGAGUCCCUCAGCUCAUCCGCCUCCUUGGUGCAGCACAACCUCCGCGGCGAGGUGCAGGCCGCGCGGUCACACACCUUGAGUCAGGCGCGGACAAAUUGCGGACAAACUGCAGCGGCCAGCCCUUCGCAAAGUCCGAGACUGAACAGAAGCAACAGCAUCAGUAGCCACUUUCGAGAACGGACUUUCCCCAGAUCCACCAAGUCGGAAAAAUUGUACCCCUCCAUGCUCCAGCGACACGAGGAGGCCGUGGCUGCCCAGUACUACAACUCGGUGAUGGGUGGGAGUGGUGAAUCUCCGAUGAGCCAUGUGUCAAAUAGUGGGAGAUUAUGCGGCAACCUGGGCGAUGGAUACUCAUCAUCGUCACCCGGACAGAAUGUGCGCCUUAGCAUGUCGCCAUACACCAGCACCACCGGAUUUCUUGGAAAAAUUUCGACCAAGGAGGAUGAAACCAACGCAUCCUCGCUCAGCCUCGUGUCAACCUCGUCAAUGUACAGCAGUCAGGAGGACAAGCAGGCGCACGAGGUACGGAAACUGCGACGGGACUUGGUCGAAGCGCAGGAAAAGGUCCAAACUCUCACCAAUCAACUGUCGACUAAUGCUCACGUCGUUGCAGCAUUUGAGCAGUCCUUGUCCAACAUGACGCAGCGGAUUCAGUCGCUGACUUGCUCCGCUGAGCAGAAGGUAAGACGAAAAGACACGGAACUGCUGGAACUGAGACAAACGAUAGAAUUGUUACGGAAGCAAAGCAUCGAAGCCGGCCUAACAGUUGCCAGCAUGAAUACAGGUCUUUCUCGUGACGGGAGUCCCAUCGCCCGUCAGCUAUCGGCGGAUUCUGUCUCUAGCAUAAACUCCAUUUCGUCAGCUUGCAGUUGCACUUCCCACUCCCACUCCCACACUUCUAGUCCUUCCGGUCAAGUGACCACCACGCCGUUGGGAACGCCGACACAUGGACCAAGUGGUGCUAACCAUCACUCGAACGGUUCUAUUCCUCCGGAUAGUCCCAACUUGAAGAAGAAACAUGGCAAAAAUAAAGGAUGGCUGAGAAGCUCUUUUACCAAGGCGUUUUCUCGAUCGAAGAGUAAGAGAAAUGGGUCAGUGUUGGACGAGGAAGGAUUCAUGGAAAUUGACGGGACUCGUCAGCCCAGUGAUCUCAACGAGGAUUCUUCCGUCGGCCAUCAUCAUCAUCACCAUAAUCAUCCCCAUUCCUCGUCUCAUCUCCAUCAUAAUGGCCACUCUUCCUCUUCUCAUAAACCACAGUGUUCUAAACUUCAUCAGAAUAUUCAUCAGCUUCAAGACACUCCAGGAUCCCCACUUCUCAGCCCACCGCAAAGUAAUGGGUGUUCCAGCUCGAGUGGAUCCCGAUCGCCUCGGUCCAACAGUGGAACCAAUGCUUCCUCAGGAGUUUGCGAAGACUUUGGCGACGAGAACAAGUCCGUGGAUGAGUUGAAGAAGCAACUCCGAGAGAAGGAGAUGGUCUUGACGGACAUCAGGUUGGAAGCGUUGACAUCUGCCCAUCAACUUGAGUCCUUGAAGGAAACUGUGAAUAAGAUGAGGAACGAGAUGCUGAACCUUAAACAAGAUAAUGAAAGACUGCAACGAAUGGUCACUUGCAAAUCUCUCACAUCUUCGCAAAGCUCCUUGCAAAUGGUCACCACGUCUGAUACGAUCGACAGGAGAUUGAGUGCAUCAGAAAUUCCGCCCCCAUCGGCAUCCAAUCUGGACAUUCUUUUAUGUGAAGCAUCGUCGGAUAUGGAAGGGAAACGAAUCGUUGUGACCGUGUUCAUUGGCUGCCACGGUUCUUACGAGAGAUACAUCAACUCUCAUGAAGGCUUCCCUGCACCUGAAUGUAAUAUUGGAACGGUUUGUGUGAGCAACAAGACGAAGUGGGACGUUUUAGAUGCAGGGAUUAAGCGAGCUUUCAAGGAAUAUUUGGGACGCGUUGAUCCAAUUUCUAACGUAGGAUUGAGCGCUGAUUCCAUCCUGAGCUACAACGUUGGAGAAGUUUUGCGCUCCAAGGAAGGACCUCAACCUGAACUUCUUCCGUGUGGCUAUUUGGUUGGAGAUGUUACCAAAAUACGAGUUUGCCUUAAAGGAGCGAGUUCGGCUGGAUGUUUGGACGCUCUCGCGUUUGAAACUUUGGUACCCAAAUCCAUACUCCAGCGGUACAUCACCCUCCUCUCCGAUCACGGGAGAAUAAUCCUUUGUGGUCCAAGUGGAACAGGAAAGUCGUAUCUCGCUCGAAAGAUUGGGGAGUAUCUGGUCGCUCGGUGUGGAAAGGACCCGUGUCCCGAAGCUAUCGCUACUUUCAGUGCUGAUCACAAAAAUAGCAAGGAAUUGCGACAGUACUUGGCGAACUUGGCGGAUCAAUGUGAGAGUGGAAGUGCGGAACUUCCUUCUGUGAUAAUUCUCGACAACCUGCACCAAGUUUCUAGUUUUGGAGAAGUCUUUAGCGGAUAUCUCAAUUCCAAACAGAGCGGUGGUCCUGUAAUCAUUGGAACAAUGACGCAGUCGACCGCAUCCACCCCGAAUUUGCAACUGCAUCAUAACUUUAGGUGGGUCCUCUUUGGAAACCACAUGGAGCCAGUGAAAGGUCUUCUCAGCCGUUACCUCCAACGACGCUUGGUCGAUACUGAUGUUCAGAAUGGAGCCAAGAACCUUGAGCUAUCGCGAGUGAUGGAUUGGAUUCCAAAAGUGUGGCUGCACAUAAACAAAUUCCUGGAAACUCACAAUUCAUCCGAAGUGACGAUUGGACCCAGACUUUUCCUAUCUUGUCCCACCGACGUGGCCAAUUCGCAAGUCUGGUUCACAGAUCUGUGGCACUAUUCAAUUGUUCCAUACAUCAUGGAAGCGGUGAAGGAAGGAUUGCAACUUUAUGGGAAGAAAUCAUCUUGGGAAGACCCUUGCUACUAUUUGUUACAAACUUACCCAUGGACAGAGUCUCAUAGCAUGAGUUCUGGAAAAUCUUCCCUGUUAAGGCUUCGUCCCGAAGACGUUGGUUACGAUACAAAGUCUGAAAUCAACUCUCCCGGAAAGACUCCAAAAGGCGAAUCUAAUGGAGAUCAACAAGAUCCUUUGAUGAACAUGCUGAUGAGAUUACAAGAAGCAGCAAACUACUCUGGACCCCAGAGUAAUGAGUCGGACAACAGGAGUAUGGAUCGAACAAGUCUUGACAAAGAUUAUAUCGCUACUGCCUGAAACACAUCCCAAAUUCUUUAAAUAAUACCAAUAAUGUUAACCGUGCUUCGGCGUGUCAUUAAUUUAGUCUAAUGACGCACUAUCUAAAGACUUAGUUAAGUUGUAGCUACCAGAAUUAAUUUCUAAAGACAGACUAACGAGACAGACUAAACAAAAGCUUACACAUCAACUAUUUUUAAACAAUUUAUAAAAUUUUCUAUUUCUAUUUUCAACCACCAACCAUAUUUACAUACUUCUACGAACUAAGAGUAGUGUAUACUAAGAUUCAAUAUUUCAAUCAACAAUGUCAAUCACAAACUAUUAUAACUGGAAUUGUAUACAUAAACCUUUUCGUUAUCUUUGAAUUACUUUCUCCUAUUCCAAAAACACAUUCAUUGUGACUAUUGCGUUCAAGCCAAUCAAUGUGUGCUUAUAUAUCGUAGAGGUAAGAAAAUUGUCUGCAUUUCAGUUUGUUGAGCUCUUUUCAUACAAGGAGUGAAGGUCUCCGAGGUCUUCCCAACUAUUGAAAAGUAAUUACUCGAAGAUAACAAAGACAUGAAAUGCACUUUCUCUGUCACAUCUUUCUACUGCUUUUUUGUGCAUUGAGAUCUAGUUAGCUUUUUAAGGCGAGCUACGCGUCUUUGCUAAUAAACUACAAAACUAAGCUUAUAACUAUAGUUAAGUAUUAAUUAUUAAACCCCUUUUAUAAAUGUACAGCAGAAUUGCUACAUAUGAAAUUAUAAAAUGUCAUCAAGUAUUUUAUUUCUGAGUUGCCAACUUCAUAAAUAGUCAUUAAAGUAGGUAUUAGAGCUGAAAACCAACCAACUGUAUUUAUAUUGUGUGUCCAUAUAGACUUUAAAAAGUAUGUAAAGUAAGCAUAUCUAAGGGUAGAAAAUGUAUGUACAAAAGUAUAAAAAUAUGUAUUCAUACACGACAACAAAAACCACCAGAAUAGGAUCGGACGCAUAAUAUAUCGCAUAGCACGUAAGGACUAAUUUUAAGGCCAAGAGUAAAAAUCAUUACUUGUAACUCGUAUAAGAACAACAAUUCUAUUUACUUUUUUGUCUGAAAUAUAUGCAAACAAUAAAAUCAGAAAGUAACAAAAUUAAUGAAUGGGUAACUUAUAUGAUGUUAAAAACGUAACUAAUUUAAAAUAUAUGUGAUCUGCUGACAAGUUUUCGUAAACAAAUAAACAUCAAGUUAAAGA